CAAUUGAUCAGGAGCACCAAUAUUCCAGAAGUGAAGAACCCAGAAAUUCACGAAAUUAGAAAUCAAAAAGCUUCUAGAAAAGCGCAGUUAAAGCUUUUUGAAAGUAAUCUAAUUUAAAGUCUAAAUACCAACGCAACAAAUUUUGAUUAAGCGAGAGUGUGAGGUUUUGUCGAGACAAGAUGAUUAUACCGGUUCGUUGUUUUACUUGUGGGAAAGUUAUUGGAAAUAAAUGGGAGGCUUAUCUUGGGCUUUUGCAAGCUGAAUAUACGGAAGGAGAUGCUUUGGAUGCUUUGGGUUUGAAGAGGUACUGUUGCAGAAGAAUGCUUCUUGGACACGUCGAUCUUAUUGAAAAGUUAUUGAAUUAUGCUCCUUUAGAGAAGUAAUCUGUAGUAGUAAGUCUGUUAAGUAAGUGUAGGUGUAAGUUUAAUUUUAUGGCAUGUAAAAAGGCGCGUUUUUGAAUAAAUUUUACUAUUA